GGCUGCUUUUGUUUGGGAAGGGGCUUAUGCUCCAGUUUAUUGUCAAAAAAGCGAGACCCAGGCAAGUCAUCUGGGAUCUGCGUAAUUGGAGGAUAGUUGGCCCUAGUUUAAGAUUUGUGUUCGAUAUUUGCUCUGGGGAAGUUGGUGUUCUUUGUUGGUGUACUUGUUUGUUUCAAGUUCUUGUAACGAGUUCCUGCUGAAGUUUUACUGAAGUGACAGCUGGGGGUUGCUACGCGUCGGGGAAACCCGCGCAAGUUCCUGUUGCCUUUUGGAACAAAGGCGAGCCUGUUUGGGCAUCUGUCAGUGUUGGAGGCAGCGCCAGGCCAGGGGUAAAAGUUUCUUCCGAACUUGGGGGGCAGGUGACUCGUCUGCUUACAUCAUAGCACAUGGCCUACGAUCCAGAAUUCUUGCAGAACUUUUUAGCCUUUAAUCAGGACACAGCUGCUGACUUUGCAAUGAUGUCUGACAGUGAUCCAGGCGAAGACGACUGCAGUUUUCAUCUGGAUCUCACCAGCUCGGGCAAGAGGAAGAGAAGGGGAAAUCUUCCCAAAGAGGCAGUCAAGAUUCUCAGAGACUGGCUUUAUGAACAUCGUUUCAAUGCAUACCCAUCAGAACAAGAAAAACUCUGUCUUUCUGGGCAGACAAGUUUGUCAGUCCUUCAGAUUUGCAACUGGUUCAUCAAUGCCAGAAGACGACUUCUACCAGACAUGCUCCGGAAGGAUGGUAAGGAUCCCAACCAGUUCACCAUCUCCAGAAGAGGUGGCAAAGCAUCAGACCUUGCACCUCCCCGUAAUGUGACAUCUGGGACAAAUACACUUGUGAUUCCCCCAUGUAGUACACCAUCUGCUGUCUUGUCAGUCUCUGUACGCCCCUCAGUAAUAUGUCAUGCACUGACACCCAGUACCAAAGACUUUACUGAUAUCUGCAGUCAAACGGUGGACAGCUGUAAGAAGGCAGGUUUACAGUCCACAGAAGAGGAGCCAUCCAGGCCACAGCUGAGCCUUGGAAACACAGCAAUGCUGAUGACUAGAAUGGACACAGCUAGCCCAACCAAUGGACUCUUUAACACUCCACCUCCAACACCACCAGAAGUUUGUGCUGAUGAUUUCAGUGACUUCCAGUUGCUGGUGGAAGUUGCUUUACAACGGGCUGCUGAAUUGGAGUCUCAGCAGAAGGUUAUGACCAACUCAUUACGAACAAACACAGAGUGUCACAGCACUACAGAAACAAAUUAGUUUUUUUUUCAUUUGAAAACUGUUUUUAUUGCAUUCCUAGUUUGUCUUACUCACUUUAUUGAUAUGUUGCAAUCAACAUGUCUUACUGUAUACUGUGAUUGUAGAAACCUGACUUCAGUAUGUUCAGGGAACAAGUAUAUAGAGUUUAGAAGUACCACAGUGGUAACAUAAACUAACUGGAUUAGUUGACGUAUAUUGUUGCUGUCUUUAAAGACUAACUGUAUACAUGAGGGUACAGUGUUGAUGCCAACCCAUCAACAACAAUAAUGUAAACUUUUUUUUUUUUUUUUUAAUACGGCCAGUAGUGCAGUUCUCCUUCAUGUUGCUUUGUAUUGGAGAAUGUAAUUUCACUAGCCACACAAACAGAAUAUUAGUUGGGUGAGAAAUUUGCCCCACUUGAACAAGACUAGCAGACAUCUUAAGCUACUGCACACAGAUUCUUAAUUUCUUUGUAGUUUGCAUUAAGACCCGAACCUUAAUGUUAAUGUCAGCCUUCACUCCCACCUAAAGGGGAAAAAUAGAGAGCAUUCUGUUUUACUGAAGCAAUUUUACAUUUUUGCAUACUGUACCGGUUUGCUCUGUACUGAAACGAUAAUCCUUUUCAGUGGUAGCAUGAAGUAAUAAGUCUUGAUUGUUUAAUUGAUCUAAGCUGCACAUUUUUUAUAAAUUUGUUCCAUCCAGUUAUAUGGCUAGGAUAUUGCAGUUUACACUUUAUUCUAAUGCUACAUUUAAGUUGUACAGAAUUGUUUUUGAUAUGACUACUUUUUAAUCUGCUGUUUAACUGGCCUGAAUGGAAACAAAAUUCAUUGUAUGUGUACUUCUCUGUUAAGGUACAUGUACAGUAUAUUUUCUUAUUGUGCAGCAUUUCAGAUGACCGCAGAAAGUGGGUUAUGGUAUGACUUUGCAGAAAGUGGUGCAGUAUUGUUUUGUACUCCUCUACAGUUAGUUCAGCUGCAACUGGAAGGAAUCGUGACCAUGCAGUUGACUGGAGACGCAUAGAGUUGGUACUGACCCAUAACCAUAUGGCUGCCUGGAGCAAAGUAACGGAGUCGGUACUAUAUGUUUAAGGUCUUUAUUAAAACUGCCAACACAGUAGGAUAGCAACAGCAUGAUAAUAGAUGGAAACACUCUUGUGUUAAAAAAACACACAAAAGUCUUCUCUUCGGGCCUGACUGUGGUACUGCUUCAGACCAAAGUGUUGUUGCAAGCUUUUCCAUCCCAAGGGUAAAUCUUGUUUGUUUUGAAAGUCCUGCUGUUUUUAUCAAGAAAUCCGGUCACCAUGAGUUAUUCUGUGUUAAAUAAACUGAAAGCUGGAAAGCGGUAGGUUUUGCAUUCCAAACUACACAGAAUACACCACAGCAGUUACAUUAAGUUGAUGUAGUGAUAUUUGUAUGUUGCAGACAAUUUUUUUAUGGAAUUAUCAACACUAUUCAUUUGUUUGUAUAUCAUGUCUUUUCAGUUAGCAAAUUUAUGUAUGUAUUUAUAUGUCUUGUCUGUCUUGUCUCCACGUUCAUAAUUUUAUGAGUGAGUGGUGGAGUACUGUCCACUUUUUGCUUAAUUUCUGUCUUCUGUGUUUUGUGUGAGUGAACAGCAGAGACUUUGAUCUCCUACACUAGAUCCCAAUUUGGAAUUAUUUAAAAAAAUAGACAGUGUUUAAGUUUGACUUUUGAAGCUACUCUCACUUGCAUGAUCUGCCAUGUUUCGAGGUUUCAAGGACAUGUCCCUUGUGUUUGUUCUGU